GUCAUAGACAGGGGCAGACUGACAACUGAUAGGGCCCCCCGGGCAAUAGGGGAUCAUGGGGCCCCUGUGUCCUUGCCCAAACUCAAAAAAGCCUAUGAAAAAGGUACCAGGGGCAUCUCAUGGGGCCCCCUACUGACCCCGGGCCCUCGGGCACUGCCCGAGUUUCCAAAUGGUCAGUCCGCCCCUGGGACAUACUAUGUAUAUAACCCUACUGGGGGUGCUUACAGUGGUCAGCUUUUACUCAAAUGAAAACCUUUUCUCCAUGAAAAAGAUGCUAUAACAACUUCAAAAUUGAUAGCUGGAAUUAGCUUUUAAUUUAUUUGUCACUUACCUAAAG